CCUGGAGCCUCGCCCUCCGCCACGAUGAGCAAAUGAACGCGAGCGAGGGCAUGAAAUUUAAAUUCCACUCAGGGGAGAAAGUGCUGUGCUUCGAGCCUGACCCCACCAAGGCGCGAGUGCUGUACGAUGCCAAGAUUGUCGAUGUUAUUGUUGGAAAAGACGAAAAAGGCAGAAAAAUCCCAGAAUAUCUGAUCCAUUUUAAUGGUUGGAACAGAAGCUGGGAUAGAUGGGCAGCUGAAGAUCAUGUCCUUCGUGACACGGAUGAAAAUCGGAGAUUACAGCGUAAACUGGCAAGAAAAGCUGUAGCUCGCCUGAGACGCACAGGAAGAAAGAAGAAACGCUGCAGGUUGCCUGGUGUCGACUCCGUCUUAAAAAGCCUCCCCGUUGAAGAAAAAGAUGAAAAUGAUGAAAACUCAAUAAGCAGUUCCACUGAUGACAGCAGUGAAGAAAAGGAUGAAGAAAUAAGUGAAGAAAGUGAUAUUGAAGAAAAGACUGAAGUGAAGGAAGAACCAGAGCUGCACACGAAAAGGGAAAUGGAAGAAAGAACAAUAACUAUAGAAAUCCCUGAAGUUCUGAAGAAGAAGCUUGAGGAUGAUUGUUACUACAUCAACAGGAGGAAACGGUUAGUGAAACUUCCAUGCCAGACCAACAUCAUAACUAUUUUGGAAUCCUACGUGAAGCAUUUUGCUAUCAAUGCAGCCUUUUCAGCCCAUGAGAGGCCUCGUCACCAUCAUGCUGUGCCACACACCAACAUGAAUGUGCAUUAUAUCCCGGCAGAGAAGAACGUUGACCUUUGUAAGGAGAUGGUGGAUGGAUUAAGGAUAACUUUUGAUUACACUCUCCCAUUGGUUUUGCUCUAUCCGUAUGAACAAGUGCAGUAUAAAAAGGUGACUUCGUCCAAAUUUUUUCUUCCAAUUAAAGAAAGUGCCACCAACCCUAAUAGGAACCAGGAGGAGCUGUCUCCAAGCCCCCCUUUGUUGAAUCCAUCCACACCACAGUCCACGGAGAGUCAGCCAACCACAGGUGAACCGGCCACCCCCAAAAGGCGCAAAGCCGAGCCAGAAGCCUUGCAGUCCCUGAGGCGGUCAACACGCCACUCUGCCAACUGCGACAGGCUGUCUGAGAGCAGUGCCUCUCCUCAGCCCAAGCGCCGGCAGCAGGACACGUCCGCCAGCAUGCCCAAGCUGUUCCUGCACCUGGAAAAGAAGACACCUGUGCAUAGCAGAUCAUCCUCGCCUGUUCCUCUGACCCCUAGCAGGGAAGGGAGUACUGUGUUUGCCGGCUUUGAAGGCAGAAGAACUAAUGAAAUAAACGAGGUCCUCUCCUGGAAACUUGUACCUGACAGUUAUCCGCCAGGUGAUCAGCCACCUCCACCCUCUUACAUUUAUGGGGCCCAACACUUGUUGCGAUUAUUUGUGAAACUUCCAGAAAUCCUUGGAAAGAUGUCCUUUUCUGAGAAGAAUCUAAAGGCUUUACUGAAGCACUUUGAUCUGUUUCUGAGGUUUUUAGCAGAAUACCACGAUGACUUCUUCCCAGAGUCUGCCUAUGUCGCUGCCUGUGAGGCACACUACAGCACCAAGAACCCAAGGGCAACGUAUUAAAGGUUUAAAAUUUAAAGAUUUUAAACCUUAUUAAACUUACUAUAGUUUGUUCUGGAAGAAGAGCUUCUCCGGCUACCUUUGAGUUCUAGGUUCCCAGUGAAGAAUUAGAAUAUGGCUGGUCUUCUUUACAGAUACCACCCACUCUUGGGGUGUUCUGGCAGAGUGGGUCUAUUUCUUACGUUGCUCACAUAUUGUACUUAUUUCUGUUAAGGAUUACUUCUUAGGUGCCUGAACAGCCUCCAACAUCUGACCCUUGCCACUGUUCACAUCAUCUGUAAUAGUGGGAAGAGAGAAGCUGUGUUCACAUUGAAAUACUCAUGAAAAUGUGUGGUUAGGCUGUUUUUGGUUGAUGCUAGUGUUAUUUGUUAGCAAUGACCACAUUUCCUAGUUCCUUGUUAGCAGUAAGCAAAAUUGUUUUUCAAAUUUAUUUUAUUCUUGCAAUGAAUCCUGCCCAGUGAAUUUUAGUUUUGUUUAGAAACCACAAAAUAGUGCUAAAAUCUUUUGGACUUUGAUGUUGAUAUUGAUGGCACAAUUAAUUGUGCAGCUAUACAUCUGCUUGUUAGGGUUCCUUUUUUGUAAAACCUUAUUUUUGGUGAUCUAACUAAAGCGUUGCUGAUGUUGUUGGAAAUUUUACAGCUAUAGUUUGUUGUGUAAUGUUAUGGUUCCCUUUCUGUAAAACCUUACUUUUGGUAAUCGAAAUAAAGCAUUGCCUGUCUUAUUGGACAGAACCAGGAGAGUUUUCCCUCCGGCCUUGGACUCUUCUCUUUAUAUAUUGCAGAGGAACAGUAAGGUAACUUCUUGACUCAUAACUUUUUGUUUGUUUUCCCUUUGUG